GCGAUGUCUUCCAAGAUUCAGCCUCCUCUAGGCCAGAGACCACGUGCGAGCUGCCCCUUCGCCUUCCCUCGUCUUCCCCAUGAUUCAAGCGACGGUACUAGUAACCCACGGUCGAAUUUGCGACUUGGGUAGCACGGAUAGAGCGUCAUUCGUGGUGGGGGAUGGGCCUGACUCGGGCGUGUGAGCAAGUGCCCAAGUGCCAGCCACACGCAUCACUCUCCUCAAUGGUGCCUGACUCAGGGGGAGCAAUGAGAGAUCUGCUACGCAUUCGGCCAGCCACUCCACUCUGCUUUGCCGGACCUCCAACCACGCCCUUGGCAGGGCCUCAAGUCCCUUCGUCCUGCUUAGCAGUUUUCUGUCCCUUUCCCCCUUCGGCUCUUCUCACACUUAUCGGCGACGCUUUUGACGACGGCAUGGUCGAGAUGCCCCCCUCGGUUGACGAAUCGGCCGGUUCUGCGGUCUGGCGCUGCAUGCCACCAUCGCGGGCUUUCUCCAUUCGCUCGCUGGACUACUCCUCUCAUCUGUCUCGAGUACUCUCAUUCGCCUGGCAUGCCACAUUUCAAAGUCGCUGGCAAGGAUCUCUGGAGUGGGAAAGAGCGGCACCGCCUAUCAUCUGCAUCAGCGUCACUCCCAUUUCAACCAGAGUUUUCAUGCACACGUCCAUCUUCUCCAUGUCCUUGCCGCUUUUUACUUGCAUACCUUCAACCUUUAUUGAUUCUUUUCUACCUGCACCAUUACCGUAACACAGUUCCGUCUUAUCCAGGCGGUCGAGGCUGAAGUCAUAGCCCCCCAAGAACAUGGCAUUUUCUGUCCACAGUCACACAACCUCCUCAUGCAGGGUCUUUUCGUGCAACUCAACACAACGUUUUUUUUCCCUUGGUCAGCCAUCUCGCAUCCUGACAGCUGUCUGGGUGGUCUGGGCGACCCUCGUGUCUCUCGUCGGCUUCGGGGAGUCGCUCCGAUCUAAAAAAAGGCAGUUGCUUCUCGAUGAAGGAGGUUUGGAGCCUCUCGGCCGUUUUCUCUGUUCGCCAGCUUUCACUCGAAAUGAACUUAGAGACAAGCUGAAUAUUACUGACGAGUGAUUGGUCAGGCCUUGCAGUUGCUUUUCCAAGUUUACAAAA